AUGGCACUAUCUACACCUCCCCAACUCAAAGUCCUCAUCAAUGGCGCCGGCAUCGCAGGCUCUUGUCUAGCAUAUUGGCUCACAAGAACGCGACUCAAUGCUUCCAUCACCGUUCUCGAGCGCUCGCCCACACCCCGGGUAACAGGCCAAUCAAUCGAGAUACGCGGAACAGCCGUUUCCAUAGUCGACAAGAUGAACUUGCUGCCUGAGGUACUAGCCCGCAACACAACUGAGCAAGGCACCCGUUUCGUCAACGCCUCCAACAAGAUCAUCGCCGAAUUCGGCAAAGGCGAGGCCUUCUCAUCCGAGUACGAGAUCCUACGCGCAGAUCUAUGCGGAAUCUUCCUCGAUGCAACACGCAAUGCGCCAAACGUACAGUACAAAUACGGCGACCACGUGACCAGCAUCUCGCAAACCUCCGACAAAGUAAACGUGCAAUUCCACAGCGGCGCCACCGACUCUUUCGACCUCAUCGUCGGCGCCGACGGAUCCACCUCGCGAAUCCGCUCCAUGGUGCUGAGCGACGAGGCGCAGAAGAACUGCUACAACUUCAUCGGCCAGUACAUUGCGUACUUCAGCAUCCCGCGCAUACCAUCCGAUACAAACCACUGGUAUUGGUACACCGUACCCAAAGGCCUCGCCCUCAUGCUGCGUCCGCACCGCAACGAGAAGACAGUAGGAUGCUACAUGGGCGUCACGAUGCCCGCGCACGGCCACCGCGAUCCAGCUGCUGAAAAGGCCAUGGAAGGUGGACCGCAAGCCCAGAAGCAGUUUCUGACCGAGUACUUCAAGGACUUGGGGUGGCAGGCCCAGAGGAUACUAAAAGGUAUGCAUACCAGCGACGAUUUCUACAUGAGUCGCUCGGCGUACGUCAACUUGCCUACGUGGACGAACCACCGCGCUGUGCUGAUCGGCGACGCGGCGCAUGCGACGUUUGGGAGCGGGACGACGCUUGCGGUGCAGGGCGCGUAUUAUCUGGCGGGUGAGCUGGGGAAGGUGCGGAGGAGCGAGGAUGUGCCUGAGGCGUUGAAGAGGUACGAAGAGGUGUUUAGACCGGUUCAGGCGCCCUAUGCGACGUUGCCCUCGGGAUUCCCGCAGUUGGGGUUUCCGCAGACGAGGUGGGGGAUUCGUCUGCGGGAUGCAAUUGCGUGGGCAGUAGCGAAGAGUAAGGUGUAUAAGCUGUUGCCGAGUGAUAAGCCGGAUGAGUCGCAGUUGCCGGUGUAUGAAUGGACGGGUGCUUGA